UUUCUUUUGCCAUUUUUAUCUUCUUCUUUUUUAAUAUUUCGUGCGAAGACUGCGACUGGGUUAUCCUGCGUGGGGGGAAGAGAAUCAUCUUCAUUUUUCUACUUUAUCAUCGCAUAGAUGCUUUGUUUCUUCAAAUGAAAUUUCUGUUUUAGGCUUUUGUCUUUGCUUCUUGUGUAUUGUUCUUCUUGGGUUCUGCUUGUUUUGAUAUUGAUUUUCUCAUUCAUCCACAACUUUUCACUUUCAUACUUAUAAAAAGUUAUGAACUUGAAUUCUGGGAGUCUUUCACGUGAGCGGCUACUCUUUAAUCCUUGUUCAGUCACUUCAUUUUUCUUCUUUAUCAUCGCAUAGAUGCUUUGUUUCUUCACAUGAAAUUUCUAUCUAAGGCUUUUGUCUUUGCUUCUUGUGUAUUGUUCUUCUUGGGUUCUGCUUGUUUUGAUGUUGAUUUCUCAUUCAUCCACAACCUUUCACGUAUGUAUUUAUAAAAAGUUGUGAACUUGAAUUCUGGGAGUUGUUCGUGUGAGCGGCUACUCUCUAAUCCUUGUUCAGUCACUUCAGUUUGAAUAUACGUAUAGUUCAAAAGACAGAUCUUCUGGAAAACGCGUGAAUUCACUGUGUUGAGAGUUGGGGUUUCGAGGGAUAGCUUCUUAUUAUUGCUGGUUUUAUAAGGACAUAAACCUUUCGAAUGGGGACUGAUGUUACUGAGGCAGUAGGGACUCUGCCAUAUCCUUAUUCCUUCAAGGUGCAUCGUGUCAUGUGCACAGAACUGAUGAAAUUGGUAGAGAGAACUAUGAAUAUAUUUCCACAAAUAGAAGCAGCUCGGCCUCGAUGCUCGUCUGGAAUUCAAACACUAUGCUUGUUGAAUAAUGCGAUUGAAAAGGCCAAGUUAAUUCUUCAGUAUUGCAGGGAGUCUAGUAAACUCUAUCUGGCACUAACUGGGGAUGUGAUAGCCUUGAGAUGCCAGAGGUCGAGGAACUUGUUGGAACAAAGUUUGAGCCAAGUCCAAAACAUGGUUCCAGUAAUGUUGGCUGUUGAGAUUUCUCGAAUUAUUGAUGAUCUUAAGGUUGCAACUUUUGUCCUGGACUCCAAUGAAGAAGAGGCUGGGAAGGUUGUGCGAGAAUUGCUCCAGCUGGGGGCUUCUACAUCAGAGUCACUGGAGUGCUCAGAAACCAAUGCAUUACAACUUGCUGCUCAAAGACUUCAUAUUACUACCCCAAAGGACCUCUUAAUUGAGAGAAGAUCUGUAAAGAAGUUGCUGGAUCAAGUUGGUGACAAUGAGCUACCCAAGAAAAAGAUCUUAAAGUACCUUUUGCAUUUAUUGAAGAAGUAUGGAAAUUUAAUUAUGGAGCAGAUAGACAAUGCCUGUGCUCAAGAAAAGGGAUCAUUUUCAGUUAGCAGUCAAUCUGUUGAAGUCGAUUCUUGUACAGGAUGUAAGAAGUAUGAAGCUCAAACAGAAAUCUUGAGUAGAGCUAUACCCCCAGAGGAGUUUAAAUGCCCCUUAUCUUCGAAAUUAAUGUAUGAUCCCGUUAUCAUUGAGUCUGGGCAAACCUUUGAGAGAACAUGGAUACAAAAGUGGUUGGAUGAUGGUAAUGAUACAUGUCCAAAAACUGAAAUAAAACUGGUCCGUCAAUCGUUGACUCCAAACACAGUCAUGAAGGAUCUAAUAUCAAAGUGGUGUGCUACGUAUGGAAUCACCAUUGCUGACCCAAGCAUGAGAAUGGAAAGCCUGUGCUCUUGGGAUGCUUCUAUGUCCAUUGCUAGCUUUGGCAGUUCUAUGAAUGAUUUACGGCUUCCAUUGGAUGUGAGCAAUGUAUCAGUUGGAUCUUUAGAUACUAGUUACAAUUCAGACACCGCACACAAUAAGAUUGCAGAUGGGUUAAGUUUGACAUCGGUGGAGACCAAUAAUGAUUUUCAUAGAUUUCAAGCUUCCUCUAACAUAAUUGAGGCAGAUUUAUCUAGGCUUGGUGAACUUAACUGGGAAGAUCAAUAUAAGGUGGUCGAAAAUAUUAAAAGCCUUUUGAAGCACAGUAGUGAAGCUUGUUAUUCUCUCUCAUCUAUGAAUUUUAUUGAACCUCUUGUGAGAUUUCUUAGAAAUGCACGAGACAGACAUGAUGUUAGAGCCCAAAGAGUUGGAUUUCAAUUGUUAUUGGCAUGCAUGAGCAAAAGCAGGUACGUUGUUCUCAGAAGUGGAAUACCAUGCUUGGAUGAAAAUGUGUUUCUUUUGUUGGCAUCUUUUCUUGAUUCAGAAGUAAGUGAUGAGGCUUUUGCCAUCUUGGAAGAGUUAUCUAGGUAUCGAUAUUGUAGAUCUUAUAUUGUAUCAUCUGGAGUUCUUGCCUCCAUCGUUAAGAUCCUAGAUUCUGAGAACAGAGAACUCAAGGAGCAUUCUAUAAAAAUUCUGCAUAAUUUGUCAUUGGACAAUGAAAGUUGUUCUCAGAUUCCAUCUUCAGAGUGCAUCCCAAAAUUGGUGCCCUUUUUAAAGGAUACUACACUUGCAGAACAUUGUAUAAAAGUGUUGAAAAACAUGUGUGAUAUUGAAGGGGCUAGAGUUAUUAUUGCUGAAACCAGUGGAUGUCUGGCUUCUGUGGUGGAACUACUUGAAAUGGGAAGGCUGGAGGAACAGGAACAAGCAGUUUCCAUUCUCCUUUCUUUAUGUUCGCAACGUGUUCGCUAUUGUCAUUUGGUUAUGAAUGAAGGUGUUAUCCCUUCCCUCGUCAGUAUAUCAAUCAAUGGGAACGACAAAGGAAAGGUGAUGGCAUUGGAAUUGCUUCGUCUCUUAAGAGAUGUUCAACAAUGUGAUGAGCUAGAAUGUAUUGAAUCUGAUCAUGACACUUCCAGAGAUUCUAGCAGCUACACUAAAGAAAAGAAAGCAUCUUCAAAGUCAUAUGGGUUUUUUAUGGGGAAAUUUUCAAUGUUCUCAAAAACUCAUCUUGCACGCAGCAAGAAAAGGGAAAUGAAACUAGGAGUUUAGCUCUUUUUCCAGUUUUGAUUUUGUGGGUAGACUCAAUUACAUACACAAUUACACCAGGCAAAUAACAUAGCUUGUAAUUUAUGAUCUUCUUCGACCAAGGCUGGAUUUAGGAUUUGUGCAUAUCGUAUCAUAACCAAAUGUAGUGUAGGUAUUGAAUUGUUUCAUUUACUUGUAAUUAUAAUUCUGAAUAUGUAUCACUAUCUAGCUGUUUACUGGGUACAUAUUGAUGUCCAGUUGUA